GGAACUUUGGAUUUGUUCUUUAGCUCGUGAAGCUUAAAAGCUACAACUUUUUAAACGUUCAGCGAUAAGAAAUUCGGUCUAUUAAAUAAUUCUUUACGAGAUUCACUAUUUUAAUCUGUGAUCCUUAUUAUUAAAUCAUACACAGUAUGGAUGGAUUAACGGCGACCGAGACACGCGAGCUCGAGCAGCGCAUGCAAAAGCAGCAGAUGAAGGCAUUCUUUGGCCUCUUCAGCAACCUAGUCGACCACUGCUUCAUAUCCUGCAUCGAUGACUUCACCACCAAGUCCCUAACAUCCCGCGAGUCCGGCUGCGUAACACGAUGUGUCCAAAAACAUAUGGCUCUAUCGCAACGCCUUAGCGAACGUUUCCAAGAACACAAUGCCCAGAUGACCCAGCAGCAACAACAACAACAAGGGGCUUUCCGAUAGAUCCGUCGUGUGCAUGGAAAACGAGUUAUCCUCUCCUAAAGUGGCCACUGUACAUUAUAGACCUGGAGCUUCUUAUAAGGCUAGGAUAGCAACGAGGUUAGCUAUAAUUUCGGUAGAUAUAUACCAUGCGCCUAUGUGUCUAGGACGGGAUUAAAUAUGCAAUCGCUAUACCGGGCGAUUUAUAUAGCAGACGCUUGAGUUAUCUACGUCUGUUGACGUGAAUUUGAAGGCCAAGGGAUAGCCUCACUGUAACAGUAGCAACUACAUAUAUAGGUCCUGGUCCCUUCGAAGAACCUAGGGAUAUAAUCUGGGUCUAGAUUGGGCUAUGAAGAGUCAUCAUUCAACUCUGUAUAAAGAUUUAAAAUUA